GGAUUUGUCGCUGGACCUGUUUGUCAGUCACAGACCAUUUAACACAUUCCUUCCUUGAGGCUUGUGUUUUUCUUUCACUUUACUGUGAAAUCUAUUGGAUGCAGUUCCCCUCACCGCCCAGUGCACUGGUCUGGACUUAUUCCAGGAAAAAUGCGCCUAUUCCAGGAAAUACAUUGUCUGGCUUUUUUAUUAAUUUUUUUUUUUUUGAAGCAGGAAACGUACAGAUAUUUAGACAUAUCUAUACAGACAUUAUAUACAGACAUAUUCUCUAAUUUACUUUUUGAACAAGGCAAAUAAAAAGUGUUUAAUGAAGCAGUAUGUAGACAGAAUGCGCAUGAGCUCUCCUUGGAGAUGAGAUAAACAAAACAGAAAGUACACUCCCAGUCUGCUGGUAACGCUCAUCCAUGGAAUGGUUCAAAAGCUGUUUACUAUUAAAAAAUGUGAUUUUAUCUUUAAAUUAGGGCUUUUGGAGCUUUUGGAGAAGCAGAGCUAAACCAGAGAGAGACUGACCACUGUCAACUACACCAAGAGCCUCAAUUACUGAUUUCUUCACACGCUGUUUUCUUCAGGAGUGACUACAAAAGCAGGAGUGGGAUAAAUGAUUCCGAUUUCCUGCAAACGGAAGCGGGAGGAAAUCUUGCAGGGGGCAGCAGCAGGACAAAACAUUUCCCCUCCAAGGACUGGAAAACCUGAACGAGGACUCUGAACUUCUAAUGAAUGUGUAGAGAAAAUGAAGAGCUGCGCCAACAAAACUGAAAUCUAAGAUAUUUAUAUCUACCAAACGCAGAACUGUCCUCAGCAUUAAGCAAACUUGCAAAAUGUUUUAGCUGAUGAUCUGAAGCUAAUACAGUAGGAUCAAUGGAAUGUGCAGGAGAAACGUUUGUUUCUGCUUUUUGCUUAUACAAUACACUGCACCAGCACUUUAAAGAUGAUCUGUGGUUUAAAAAUUCUUUUUUCGAUUUUUCUGAUUGCUGCUAUUUUCUCCAUGAAUUUUGAAUUCUGUCUUUGCGGAUGUGCCCGGGCUGAAUAUGAGAUGGAGAAUGGAGAAUGUUGUCCUAUGUGUGCACCCGGAAAUCGCGUUUAUAGGCACUGCACUGAGGACACAAGCACUACGUGUGUUCCAUGUCUUGAUUCGACUUUUAUUGAUGCACCAAACGGACUCAGAGACUGCUUUAGCUGUACAGUGUGUGAUCCUAAUCAGGGUUUAAGAGUAAAGACUUCCUGUACUCGAUCAUCAGACGCAGUCUGUGAGCCACUAGACGGACAUUACUGUACUGAUCAGCACAGAGGCACCUGUAUACAUGCUCUGAAACACAAAAAAUGCAGCCCUGGACAAUAUAUAAAGCAUAAAGGAACAGCAUCUAAAGAUACUGAAUGUGCUGAAUGUUCAGAUGGUACCUUCUCAAAUGGGUCUCUUCAGAUUUGUCAACCACAUUCAAAAUGUGAAGAUCUGGGACUUACAGAAAUAAAGGCAGGAACACUUUCUUCUGAUGCUGAAUGUGGAAAGAAAACUCCAGUUGGUCUGAUAGCUGGAAUUAUAGUUUCUGUUCUCAUUGUGGCUAUACCUGUAGCUGUAGCAGCUAUCAUUUUUCUCAAAUUUAAGUGUAGGACUGCCCAGCGUGCAAACUGUGCUGUUCAGUUACCUGAAUAUAAUAUUGUACCAACACAGCAAACUGCAUUACAGCAGUCUACACCCGCACAGGUACCUGUGGAGACAACAGACAGGUCCUUGGAAGGUGAUUAUUCAGUAAGGAUGUUGUGAUCAAGAAGAACAUGAGAGACUUGGAGGCCUAACAAAGAAUUUGCGGAUUUUUUGAGAGUAUGCAGAAUAUGUAUUACAACCUAAAUUUGUAAAUGAAUACAUUUAUUGGUUUAUAUGCA